AUGGCUUGGACCACGAAGGGCCCACUGACACCGCUUGAGAGCCUGAAGAGAUUGCCAAGGCAACUCUACCAUGGCGUCAGGCUCAGGCGGGACGGCCGUGCCGCCAGGCUCACGCGGCCGUUGGCCUCGCCCGCGACCUCCACGGCGCCCUCGCCCCCGCGCACGCUCGGCGCCGGCGACACGGCACGCGGCAGCGGCGAGCGGAGCGUCAGCGGCAGCGGGGUCCGGCUCGCUGGUAGGCCGGUCGGCGGCGGGGUCAGCCUGAGCAUGUGCGAAGGCGGCGUCCGGGCCAGGCGGGUCAGGAGCGGGUUCGGCAGCAGGCGGCCGCAUCGGGCCACGCGCGUCGGGGGGCUGUUGACGGAACGUGUCGGACGCCCGGUCGAGCUGAGCGGCGAGCGCCGGGCCCCCGAACAGCUGCAGGCAAACUUCCUGGGCAGCGGCAGCGAUGAGCCGGGCGGGCAAGGCAUCGCCGCGAUGAGACGCAGAGGCGAUGAGCGCGUCAGUGAGGACGGCGACGGGGACGGGGUGGGAGGACGCGCGGUUGGACCGAUCCAGGACCCAUUGAAUGCACCCGCCACAGCGGUCGCAGUCCGCCCCUGCGUGGGCGGGCACAUGGAGGUCGGAGAGGCUUUCGGAUCCGCCACAUGCCGGGCAGAGCCACGCCUGGCGCCAGGAGGCAAUGCCUUGGCCAUGGCGGUCCGCGACCGGGGCCCAGUCCAUGUCGCGGUCGGGCAGUGGCAGGAAGUCUAUGCCUCCAUCCGGGCGACGUGUAGGCACACGGCGGUGGCAACAAAGGAGCCGCACGCCCGGCGGAGGGCGGGGCUCAGGGGCGUCCUGAGAGGUGAAGUCCCGCGGCCCGGAAGCCUGGAUGCGGAACUGGGCAAGGCAGCCAAGGUGCAUGGAGUGGGCAGCGCAGGCGGGUCAGCGGGCAGGCGGCAGCCAGAGCGGCGCGACAGCCUGGGCAAGCAGGCCAAGGCGUCCAGCCGCGGCGGCCCAAGAGGCCCUGGCCCCGAGUGCGCCGCGGCGGCCUCGGAGGACCGCGCCACCACUGGGGAAGCCUCUGAGGCAGCGGCUGCGUCAGAAAAGGAGACGGACGGUGCUGCUGCACCUGGGCGCCUGGCAAAAGGGGAGGAGGCGGACGGGGCCGGCGCAGUGGGGGCGGACAGGCGUGGGCGUGCGGGUGGAGGGGUUGGAGGUCGCCGCCUCGGCGAUCUGUGCGGGGAGUUGCUGGCACUCACAGGGCUGGCGCGGGAGCGGCUGCGGGAGCGGGAUGCCUCGGUCCGCGCACGCGAGGGGCUGCUGGACAACGUGGCCGUCCACCUCGACUGCUUCGACUUCGACGCCGUCCAGCCGGAGCAACACGCCAACCAUGGGGGGACCGGAGCUACUCUACGCCAGGCCUCUCAGCUGCGCACGCUGGCGCCCAGAGACGGCCGGCCGGGCGAGGUCUUCUCCAGCUGCACUCCGGUGCCCAGGAGCAAGAUCUCACUAACGGGCUUCAAGCUUGGCAUCGGAGACGAGCACGGCGAGGUUGCACCGGUGGGACGGCCCGACAAGUGGAGGCAAGGCAUCGAGGGGCGGGUCAGAAUGUGCGCCCCAACCAAAGGCGCACAAGGUGGCUUCGGUGCACGAUGCACGCAUUGUGCCCACGUGGGCGAGCUGUCGGCCGUCGCUCGUGUGCAGUUGGCCCUCUCAUGGCAGCUGCGCAGUGCUGUCCGUCACACCUGCGGCAUUUGGAUUGGGCCGACACUUUUCCAGUCCUUCGCAAGGGAGACCGAAUUGCCUGCGACUCUCUGUCAGCAGUUGGCUUUGAACCCCCAUGCUGCUCCACGGAGAGGCGCCGCCUUUGCUUGGCGACGUGACCCGCGGCUGGACAACAUUCGUCGCUGGCAGCGUGCUGCGUCCCAGGCCGUCGACGGCUUUUGCCAGCGAGCCUUGUUGCGAGAACUGGGUGCCUCCUCCGCAGCCUGGCAGCAUUACGACUUCAUGCUGCAGUUCUUGGUACAUGUGCAUGCUGAUGUUGUUUCCGAUAGUCAAGGUUAUGCCUACCCAGAAGGAAAUCGAAUGGGUGCCGCCGGUGUUCUCUUGUCUUUGGCUGUGUCUGCAUUCCACGGUCAAGAGAAGAUAAGGUCAGGCAAAGAGAUGGAUACAGAUCAAGACGAUAUGCGUAAGCUCAGAAAGCGAGCCGCAUCUGUGCUGAACAGUGGCGCGCAGAAAGUGCCAGGCUGUUUCCUGGGAGAUGCGAGGUUUCUUCUAACCCAUCUGGACCGUGUCACCAACCCCAUUCAGGACGUGUUGGACCAGUUCGAGUGCCAGUGGCUUUGCAAACGGACUAAAGGUUGCGGUCAGUUUGUGUAUUUCCCCGCUUCCAAAUUCUGCUACCUGGGGGCGAAUUACACUGGCGUAGUUGGUGCAAAGGGUGCCGUGUCCGGCCCAGCAGUGUGUCCGGAGGAGCCACCCGCCUGCCGAGAUCUUCCAGUGAGUGAGUUCCCGGCAGAGACGGCUGAGGGUAGUCAAAGGGCUUGGCCAAUGGGCUUUACACCUACGAAAGUCCAGUGCUGGCCAAUCAAUGUCAACUGGCAGCCCGAAUACUGCAGUUCAAGCCCGCUGACCUCCAUUGAGAACACAUUGACUGCAGGGCAGUGCCAGGAUUUGCAAAGAGUGCAGAGCUCCGAUGAAACGCCGGCCAUGCUGCAUGUGGGGUGGCUAAGCUUCACUUGCUUUGCUUACAAUCAGGUUACUGCCGCGGCCCAGGCACUCGGUCUGCGAGGUGCCAAAGAUGUUGCACCUCGUGGAUUGCAGGAUGUUCCGAGUUGCAGUGAGCAGCCAAAUUUCGAGCUGGCAAUGACUGCUUGGUGUGGCAGUCAGGUUGAGCCUUUCGCAUGCUUCAAGGGGCUCACCAAUGUGAACCCUAUAUGGGAUUGUCACCAGACGACAGAGUCGCUCUGCACGUCUGGUGCUAGUCUUUGCGCCUGGCCCACAGGAUCACUGCCGGGACCGCAGGCGCCGCCAGAGCCAGUUGAGCCGCCUCCAACCAUUGGGGACGCAACACGCUUUGUGACGUGGAACCUGUAUGUCUUCACCCUUGCUGGUCGCAUCUACCCAGUUGUGGACGAACUGUUGAGGAUGCAGCCCGAGAUCGCAGCCAUACCAGAGAUGUGGAGCGAGAAGUUUGCCAUCUUGGACCGGCUAAACCAGGUCUCUGGCAAUGUGUGGGCUUUUGCGACCGGUGGAGCUACAGAGCAGUAUAAUGAUGCAGACAUCCUAUACCGCUCUGAUAAGUGGGAGCACGUCGCAAGCGAUCUUGUUCCAUUUUCAGCUGGUCGAGCAAUCAACUGGGCCGUUUUGCGUCGCAAGUCUGAUGGCUACACACUUAUCGCCGCAGGCACUCAUCCUCUUUGUUGCGUGGGGGACUACGUCAUCCUGGAGGCCGUGCAGUUCGUGACCAAUGUUCUACACAAGGUGCAGCAGACGCACAUGUACCCGAUCGUGCUCAUGGGAGAUCUCAACACCGGAUAUUUCCAGCCUUCGCAAAAACUGCUGAGACAAGGCAAUGCAGAUGGCUUUGGGAAGCACUGGACAAUUCCGCUUACAUUCACGGAUGCAUGGGCAGAGCUCCAUCCCGGCAACCCGGAUCCCUCAACGAUCAAUGAUGAUCCGGUUCGCCUGGAUUACGUUUACUUUCAGAAGACUCCAUUGUCGAUCGGGCCUUCCGUUGCAGCAUCGCAGAUCUGGCCAAGGGCUGCAGGCAGUGACCAUCGUGCCGCUGUUACGCACGUCGACGGCUCAGUUUUUGACCAGCUGAUCCACAUCAUGCAAAUUCAUAAAUUCGUGGCAGGCUCCGGCACUGCUGCGCUGCGCCACCGAAACACCAGGUGUUUUCGUGCCUGCGGCGUCACCUGGUUGAGUGUUUCCAAGGCUGGAAAGGUCCAUUUUCUCGACGAUGGAAUCAAACCACGGCUUGUUCUGGACCUGUUCUGUCCGAUGCAGGUACUGGCCGAUCUGAAAGGUGUUCAGUUGCAAGGUUUGAGCCUCAUGUUUGGCACAGAGGGCAUGGAAUUCAGCAGCCCGGAGCAGGCGGUGGGCCACUGCGCGAACCUAUGCUUGUCAGUUCUGGCAUGCCAGGCCUGGCAGUACUCCUCCGCGGACGGGUGCUACAUGGAAGACCCUUAUCGGGCUACCAUGCCAUAUCCUCCUGUCAUUCGGAAAGGCACACCGUUUGCCAGGACAGCUGUGGCGGGACAGUACAUUCAGCAUCUUUGCCCGGGUGCAGUGAGCCGAUUCCGGGGAGAUCAUCGCGACCCCGAAGUAAGCAAACUCACAGAAGAGACGCAGCUAGUAACCGUGGAUGUUGCAGAUGCGGUGGCUCCAAGAGUACAGAGUCCAGGAGGCGACGUUGAGGAAGCUGAUGUGUCGACAGUGGUGCCCACCGCUGUCAGUGACGUGACUACAAGCGAAGCUGCCCUGGUGAGCUCCGUCGCACAAGCAGCACAAGCAGCACCAGCAGCACAAGCAGCACAAGCAGCACAAGCACAGGCCACGGCUGAGGCGACUAAGAGCCAAGGUGCCCCUGCAAGCUCCAUCGUGCAGAGACCGCAAGCACACCUACCGGGAACUGGAGCGGCUGCUUCGGACGUUUCGGGGUUGCUUUCGACUCUGCCACCCGUAUCGCCAUCGAUUCCAUCACUGCCUGCCGCUCUACCAUUGGUGGGUACCACCAUGUCGCCAGUUGUUGCACUGCCGGCAGCAGCCACUUUGCCGCCGACUGCCACGGUGCCCUCCACACCUAGUGUGCCUGCUGCAGUCGCUGCCAAGAGUGGGCACUCAGCACGCUUCCGAGAAGGCGACCUAAGCGAGCAAGGUCAAAUCUCGGAGACUGCAUCGCCACCUGCCGAGCGUCACGAGGAGUGGCUAUUCAUCAUGCUUGGACUGUUGGCUUUGAUGCUCGUGUGCGCCUGUGCACAUGCCCUUCGCGUCUAUGGACACAACAAAUCCAGUUACUCUUGCUUCGACCAAAGUGAGUCGGAUGACUCAUUGCUGGACGGUUAG